UUACUUUUUCUUCCAUGAGCUUUUUCUGUCCCUCUCCGGUGAAGGUUGGGGCCAUUAAUUGGUGCCUCCAGGACUAGCGGCCUUGUGUGAGGCUAGUCUUACAAUGGGUGGAGAUGUGUUUGAGAGUAGCUGGGGUUGGGCAGAGGGCACAGGUUGGGUAACCUGUUCAGCCCAGUUGAUUGGCCAAAAUGGUUGUCUGUCAAGUGCCCCGCCUUCUAGCUCCACAGAUACAGAUUGGCUCUGGCUAUGGGUACGAAUCAGUUUUGCACCAAAUAUAAAAUUGGGAAAACGGUAUAAAAUUGGGAGCUAAAAAAAAACAACAGGUUUUGAGACUCCUAUCGACAGAUUAAAGCAGUUGUAGCUAUUGACUUGUGGGCAUGUGAGAAAAUAGUCAGAGACCCAGUAUAUUAAGUAAAUGCAUUAGGAAGAAAAUAUUCUUAUGGAAAUCUUGUUGCAUUAAUUCACAUAAAAACGUACACAUUUGUCCCAACAUUUCCAUUUUUUAACUGUGAUUCUAGAUCACUUCUUCCAACACAAAUAUUUGAUUAACACAUAGUAGCUAUCCAUGUCAUACCUUUACAGAACAUCUGGCACUUAUGUAACUCAGGUUGUAUUGUAGGCCUACAUCUAGGGCUACUGAAUAUCCCAGUUUUUUCCCUAUGCAGACAAACAAUCAUUUGGCGACUCCUCCCAUAUUUCUGGCAACACGCCACUGCUGUAACAGAAUCAUUUUUGUUGGGGGGUGGGGCAGAUUGUCCUUUUUCUCAGAUGGGUAUAAAGAGCAUCAGUUGACUUGGGCGACAACAAUCUGUCGAGGUAUCACCCGUCAAUUCACCUCCAGCAUGGUAAGGGUGUCUGUACCUGCAUCAUCAUGAAGAUCCUCAUUGUCUAUUCCUGUGUGCUGCUUAUGGGCAUGGCAGUAACCACCUCUGCCAAGACACUGGCCUCCAGCCCAGAUGAAAAGGUGGACAUGGAGAAGAAUCAGACUAUUGAUGAACUGGCCAGCGGACCUGAAUAUGAUGAAUCCAAUGGUGGGAACAAGAGAGCCAAAAGAUAUGUCAAUAACUAUUAUGGUAAACUCGACUUCAACUGCCCAAGCCUUGACAGCAUAUCGGGGAUUAGAAGUUGCCACCAUAACCGCCAUGAAGACAGAAAAUUUGGUUUCAACUGCAAAAAAACAUUUCAGUACAACCCAAUCUGCGAGACGAGACGAGACAAGACUUGGGUGAACAACUUUGGUCAACGGUUUACGUAUACAUGUCCCAAUGACAGUGUCAUAGCAGGCAUUAUCAGUGACCACAACAACCACCACCAGGACCGCCAAUUUGCUUUCAAAUGCUGCCAGUCCCAAUUCUACCAAAAAUUAAAUGGUUGCUACUGGACCGGGUAUGUGAACCUCUUUGAUCAGUACUUCGAGUGGCAGCCCAAGAGUGGCUACUACCUUGCUGGCGUGUCCUCCGAGCACAACAACCAUUAUGAGGAUCGUCGCUUCAAAUUCUAUGCUUGCUCCAUGACUUUACACAUUACCUGAGGAAGUUGAUGGCAUUCCCAGUUCCACUCUUUCACAUAUUAGAAUGUUCUUAUUGAUAUAUGCAUGGAUUCUUUUCAAAUUAGAUUAUUUAUAUUGCUAGUUACUAUGGGAGAUUCAGUGCUUGACUAAACUGAAAAUCUAAACAAAACUACAAGUCUGUACAUUCAUUCACCUCUCACAGAGUUGCACAUCAUUUCAGUAGGCCUACAAUGGUUUUACUAGGGUUUGAACAAAAUCGAUCACUAUAUUUUAUAAUCUCGCAUAAUUUUUUGGAAUCGGAAACUGUUUUUUUUUUUUUUUUUUUUAAAGAGACAGACAACAACCAAACAAAUGCAUAUUCAAUAAUCACUGACCUUGUUUCAAAAUUUGUUCGUGUUUAUAGAUUAGA